GUAUGGGGAGGUGGAGGGCCGAGGGCUUGUGCGAGGAAGGAGUGGGGGAGGAGGAGGAGGAGGAGGAGGAGGAGGAGGAGGAGGAGGAGGAGGAGGAGGAGGAGGAGGAGGAGGAGGAGGAGGAGGAGGAGGAGGAGGAGGAGGAGGAGGAGGAGGAGGAGGAGGAGGAGGAGGAGGGGGAGGGGGAGGAGGAGGAGGAGGAGGAGGACGACGAGUGGGGGGAGGAGAAGGGGGAGGAGGAGCAGGAGGAGAGGUCUGGCGACAACACCGAAGAAGACAUUUUCGCCGCAUGAUGGCAGCGGCUAACCCACAG